UUCGUUCAUUCGUUCUUGGCUUCUAGUGUGGCUUCCAGUUCUAAAUUUCGUUGUCGUCGACCAUGGCGGACAAUGCACAACAUCGAUGCUUGGAACAGCAACUAAACAAACUUGUGAGCUUCUUAACGCUAAGCAGUAAAGAAGACUGCAAAGUAUUGGCGUUAGAAUAUUUAUUAGGCCUUACUGAAAGCCACGAUGGCCUUGAAAUGCUCGAACGCAAUCAGAAUUUGGUCGACAAGAUUGUUGAAUUGACAAAAGACAAAUCUGAGAGAGUGCAGAAAGAUGCAUGGUUAUUUGUUUUGAAUGCGUCCGGCGUGGAAACAAUCGCACACGAAUUGGGGGACAAGAACUAUUUUGAAUUUUUGAUACGGCACGUUGUUGAUAAACAAUGCAAAUUUUCAGAUAUUAUUGCUAUGCUUUUGAGCAAUUUAACUUUAACUGAAAAGGGAUGUGAAACAUGUUUAAAAAGCAUGGAAAACUCACCUCAAAAGAUCUUUAAUAACUUACUCAAUGCGCUCAUUACAGAGAACUAUAACGAAGAUUGCAACUUACAUCAUUUGGCUGCAUUUAUAUUAAAUAUGACCAGAAUUAAAAAAGUGCGACUUUCUAUUCUUGAUAAAUCUGGGAAUUUUAUAUCAAACUUGUUACCAUACAUUGGUUACGAGAAAUCUGUUGUGCGAAGAAGAGCUGUUGUUGGAAUAAUACGAAACUGUUGCUUUGAGUAUGACCACCAUGAUUGGUUGCUUAGUGAUGAUGUCAAUAUACUAUCUGCAUUGUUGUUACCAUUGGCUGGUCCAGAAGAAUUGUCAGAUAGUGAGAAUGAAAGUCUACCUCUUGAUUUACAAUAUCUCGAUGAGGACAAGAAACGUGAGAUAGAUCCUGAUAUUAGAAAGAUGUUACUUGAAUGUCUUUUGAUGCUAUGUUCAACCAAAUCCUGCAGAAAAUAUAUCAAAGAUAAGAACACAUAUGUCAUCAUCAGAGAACUUCAUAAAUCUGAAAUGAAUGAAAGUGUUUGUAAAGUUAUUGAGAAGGUAGUUCAAGUGCUUAUCGGAGAAGAAACUGAAGAACACAUGGCAAACUUUCAUGAAGUAGAAAUACCACAUGACAUUUUGCAGCAGUUGGAAUUGAAAUAAAAUGUCAAUAAAGUUUACCUUUACAAACAUCAGAAUAUCAAUUUUAAUAAAAUGCUUAACACAAUUCA